AUGGCCCGAAUAGCCUGGUAUCAGGAAAAGAUUGGGGCUUAUGACCAGCAAAUCUGGGAAAAAUCUUUGGCGCAACAGCCUGAUUUUAAUGGAUUGGACACCAAACCAAAGAAGGCCUGCCACAUCAAACCAGACCUCAUAGAUGUUGAUUUAGUGCGAGGGUCAACAUUUAGUAAGGCUAAACCCGAGAGUCCUUGGACCGCAUUAACAAGGAAGGGCCUGGUGCGAGUGCUGUUCUUUCCUUUCUUCUUCCAGUGGUGGAUCCAAGUGACAUCCAAAUCUGUUUCCAUAUGUAUCCUCGCACUCUACUUAAUGCAAGUUGCUACAGUGGUGCUGUACUUUGACGUCCCUGGGGCAAAUGCCAGUGAGGUGUUUGGGCCAAUGUGUCUCAUGCUGCUGCUGGGGACUCUGCACUGCCAAAUUGUGUCAACGGAGUCCAGCCGGUGGCCUUCAGGCAGUCCAGCUGCCAGCAACAUACCCAGCCCAGCUCGCAGAAGGAGGCCAAGAAAGGUUAAAAGUCCCAAAAAGUCUGAAGAAAAGAAUGUCAGUGAGGGAGCCCUAAUACAAGAGGGGUCGAAUGGGACAGAUGAGAGAAAAAAGACCAACGAUAAGUGUGGCUCUGGAGCGUCUGAUGAACUGUCAAGUGAUGAAGAAUAUGGAGUACAAACUAUGGAGGUCCCUCGUUCACCACGUCAUAGUGACGACGAUAAAUCGACACAUGCAUCGUUUUCCCUCAGAAGAAGGAAGAAGGCUGUGAAACCUCAGCUGUCUCGCACUGAAAAACCUAAAGAUGAAAACACUGUUAAAAUGAAACCCAAAGAAGUGGAUCGUCUCAAGCCAAACUUAGGCCUUCGUCCGGCGUCAGAUACUGAUGACAUGAUGUGGGAGGAGCUUCUGCAGGGGCCGGACACUGCGUCCACAGGGAGCAGUGACAGUGAAGCCAAUGUGAGGUACAGCGGAGGGGCCAUGGCCCUUCAGGAGAGCUCUCAGAGCAGCAACGAUGAGAGCCUGCAUCAGAGCAUCACAGGUAAUCAGCUGUCAUGGCUCCAAGCUUGUCAUCCAUCAAAAGACAAAGUUAGUGCCAUUAUUUGGGAACAAGGCGAGUGUAAGAAAGCUGACAUGUCUGUGUUGGAGAUCAGUGGAAUCAUUCUAAAACGGGUGAAGACGGUGGAGCAAGGAACAGGAUACUUGAUGUUUGGAGGAGUGAUUACAGCCAUUCUGUCGUUGCUUCCUUUUGCCUUCCGCCUGGCUCAGGACCUGGACAUGUCCAGCCUCAGCUCUCUGUCCAUCGGGGACGUGUUGGAGAUGGCCCUGGGGCCACCCGACGCCAAAGCAUAUGUAUUCUACUUUAUCACUACGGUUCAGAGAAUCUUCCUCACUGGACUUUUCUUCUUCAUGAUGUGUGUGGCAGAGCGGACGUAUAAACAGAGACUUCUAUUCGCCAAGUGUUUCAGCCAUUUGACCUCAGCUCGAAAAGCCAAGAAGUCUGAAGUGCCUCAUUUCCGUCUGAAGAAAGUGCAGAACAUAAAGAUGUGGUUAUCACUGCGCUCUUUUCUCAGAAGAAGAGGUCCCCAGCGCUCUGUUGACGUCAUCGUUUCCACAAUAUUCCUUUUAGCACUUUCAAUUUCAUUCAUUGUUUGCGCCCAGCUUUUGCACAAUCACAAGAUGUUCCUAGAAUCUCUAACCAAUUGGGAGCUUGUUGUGUGGGGACCCUCUUUGCUCCUCGUUCUGUUGAGACUCGCCACUUUAGGUUCGGAGAUGAACAGCAAAUACAGUAACUCCUCAGUGCUUCUGACAGAGCAGAUUAACUUGUAUCUCAAGAUGGAAAAAAAACCCAACAAAAAAGAAGAACUAAAUAUUGUGAACAAUGUUUUGAAGCUGGCAACAAAACUCAUGAAGGAGCUGGAUACUCCAUUCAGGCUUUUGGGUCUGACUGUGAACCCUUUAAUUUAUAACAUCAGCAAAGUGGUGAUUCUGUCUGCGGUGUCCGCUGUGGUCAGCGAUCUGCUGGGCUUCAACAUCAGGGUUCAGAAUUUUGGAUGGAAUAUCAGAAUGCAGUUGCACAUUCACACUGACACUGGUCGGUCUGCAGCAGUCACAGCAGCAGCAGGAGCAGCAGUCACAGGAGCAGCAGCAGGAGACAGGCCGGUAUUUCGUGGACCGUGCAGUGCGUCCUGUGCACCUGCUCCUCUGCCCACAACCAGGCAUCAGGUUUGUCCAAACAUGUCCAACAAUCACAUGGACUCUGACAACACAGUGGAGAGAGAGAAGAGAGUAGACACAAGAGUGAAUGAGAAAAAAUGCUCCUGGGCGUCCUACAUGACCAACUCACCCACAGUCAUCGUGAUGAUCGGGCUUCCAGCCAGAGGCAAAACCUACAUGUCCAAAAAACUCACACGUUACCUCAAUUGGAUUGGAGUCCCCACGAAAGUGUUUAACUUGGGUGUGUACCGCAGAGAGGCCGUGCGAGCUUAUAAAUCCUACGACUUCUUUCGCCAUGACAACGAGGAAGCCAUGAAGAUACGAAAACAGUGCGCGCUGAUAGCUUUACAGGACGUGAAGGCGUACCUAACACAAGAGGGGGGUCAGAUUGCAGUUUUUGAUGCCACAAACACGACCAGAGAGCGCAGAGACUUGAUCCAUGCAUUUGUUAAAGAAAACGCGUUCAAGGUGUUCUUUGUGGAGUCGGUGUGUGACGAUCCAGAGGUUAUUGCUGCUAAUAUCUUGGAAGUGAAAGUGUCCAGUCCAGACUACCCCGAACGACACCGGGAACGAGUCAUGGACGACUUUCUCAAGAGAAUUGAGUGUUAUGAGGUCACGUACCAGCCGCUAGAUCCAGAUGACUAUGACAAAGACCUGUCAUUCAUCAAAGUGAUAAACGUGGGUCAGCGGUUCAUGGUGAACCGGGUGCAGGACUACAUUCAGAGUAAGAUCGUGUAUUACCUCAUGAACAUCCGAGUGCACUCCCACUGCAUCUACCUGUGUAGGCACGGAGAAAGCUGCCACAACCUGGAGGGGAGGAUCGGAGGAGAUUCAGAACUAUCGCCACGAGGAAAACAGUUUGCCCCUGCUUUACAUGACUUCAUUGAAGAGCAGAAGUUGUCUGAUAUGAAAGUCUGGACGAGUCAGCUGAGGCGAACCAUACAAACAGCAGAGGAGCUGGGGGUGCCCUAUGAACAGUGGAAGAUACUUAAUGAAAUUGAUGCUGGGGUAUGUGAGGAGAUGACUUAUGAGAUGAUCCAGCAAACUUUCCCAGAGGAGUUUGCUUUGAGGGACCAGGACAAGUACCAUUAUCGCUACCCAGGCGGAGAGUCCUACCAAGAUCUGGUGCAGCGUCUGGAGCCUGUCAUCAUGGAGCUGGAGAGACAAGGCAAUGUGCUGGUCAUCUGCCACCAGGCGGUGAUGCGCUGUCUGCUCGCUUACUUCCUGGAUAAAAGUGCAGAAGAUCUACCAUACAUGAAAUGUCCACUGCACACAGUUCUAAAACUAACUCCUGUGGCCUAUGGUUGCAAAGUGGAAAUGUUUUACUUAAAUGUGGAGGCGGUCAACACACACCGUGACCGACCACUUGGCACCAUGCCAAAGGAUCCUUCUCACAUUCACCGAAGGAAUAGUUACACUCCCUUGUCCAGUUACAACCAGGUCUAUCGUCCCAGACUCUACAGCGCAGGGAACCAGCCCUGGCUGCCCCUCGCCCCCACUCCUGCUGCCCUGAUGCCAGAGGGACGGCCAAGCCAAGAAUGCCUGUCUGAAGGAACAGACACUGACAGCCCAGAAGAAUCUUGUGACGGUUUGUAUUGGCAGUAUUUUUACAGGAUGUUAAAGCUUCGCUGUCAGACCAAAAAUGGGAGCCAAAUAAUGCAAGGCUUGACUCACCAGUCAUGUGUACAAGAGUUGAAGCGCAAAGUGGAGGAGCUCACUGGAAUACCAUGUGAUGUGCAGAAAAUAAUGGUUGGUUACCCUCCCUCCAGCCUGGAUCUUCGAAAUGGAGACGCUCACCUCCAAGACUACCCCAUCAAAUCAGGAGACACGUUGAUUGUUGAAGAAGAUAAGAACAAACCAAAGCCUCAGGACCUUUCCACUGUGACCAAACCCCCUCGUCUGGAUGCGUCGCCGGUGCUUGCGCGCCGCGUUGUGCCCGCCGACAACUCAUGCCUCUUCACCAGUGUGUCGUACGUGGUGGAGGGCGGCGUGUACGACCCCGCCUGCGCCCCUGAGAUGCGGCGUCUCAUUGCUCACAUAGUGUCCAGCGACCCCAACAUGUACUCUGAAGCGGUUCUGGGCAAAACCAACGAGGAGUACUGCACCUGGAUCCAACGCGACGACACUUGGGGCGGCGCCAUCGAGGUCUCCAUCAUGUCCAAGUUUUACCAGUGCGAAAUCUGCGUGGUGGAUACUCAGACCGUGCGCGUGGACCGGUUCGGAGAGGACGCCGGUUACAACAAGCGGGUGCUGCUGAUCUACGACGGCAUUCACUACGACCCCCUGCAGAAGGAAACGCCGGGCUCCGAUGCGCCGCCCCAGACUAUCUUCUCCGACACGGACGACAUCAUCCUGGCUCAAGCCCUGGAGCUGGCGGACGAGGCCAGACGCAAGCGCCAAUUCACGGACGUUAACCGCUUCGCACUGCGCUGCAUGGUGUGUCAGACUGGGCUGGUGGGGCAGAAGGAGGCGCGGGAGCAUGCCAAGGAGACGGGCCACACCAACUUCGGGGAGGUGUGA